AUGCCUCUUGUUCAUCGGAAAAAGCCGACGGAGAAACCGUCGACGACGACGGAAUCCGAGGAGGUGCCCGACGAAGAUUCCCAACACAAACAUCACGAUUCGAAAACCCAUAAGAAAUCGAACGGUGGAAUCGAGAAAGUGAAGUGGUCGUGUGUGGAUUCGUGUUGUUGGUUUAUUGGGUGUGUGUGCGUCACAUGGUGGUUCCUCCUCUUUCUUUACAACGCAAUGCCUGCGAGCUUUCCUCAGUAUGUAACGGAAGCGAUCACGGGUCCUUUGCCUGACCCACCGGGUGUGAAGCUGAAGAAAGAAGGUCUCAAGGCGAAGCAUCCGGUUGUGUUCAUUCCUGGGAUUGUCACUGGUGGGCUUGAGCUUUGGGAAGGUAAACAAUGUGCUGAUGGUUUGUUUAGGAAACGCUUGUGGGGAGGAACUUUUGGUGAAGUCUACAAAAGGCCUCUAUGUUGGGUGGAACACAUGUCACUUGACAAUGAAACUGGGUUGGAUCCUGCUGGUAUUAGAGUUAGAGCUGUAUCAGGACUCGUGGCUGCCGAUUAUUUUGCUCCUGGUUACUUUGUCUGGGCAGUGCUCAUUGCUAACCUUGCACAUAUUGGAUAUGAAGAGAAAAACAUGUACAUGGCUGCAUAUGACUGGAGGCUUUCCUUUCAGAACACAGAGGUGCGUGACCAGACACUUAGCCGUAUGAAAAGUAAUAUAGAGUUGAUGGUUUCUACCAAUGGUGGAAAAAAGGCGGUUAUAGUUCCGCAUUCCAUGGGGGUCUUGUAUUUUCUACAUUUUAUGAAAUGGGUAGAGGCACCAGCUCCUUUGGGUGGUGGGGGUGGGCCUGAUUGGUGCGCGAAGCAUAUAAAGGCAGUGAUGAACAUUGGUGGACCAUUUCUUGGUGUUCCUAAAGCUGUUGCAGGGCUUUUCUCUGCUGAAGCAAAGGAUGUCGCAGUUGCCAGAGCGAUUGCCCCGGGAUUCUUAGACAGUGAUAUAUUUAGACUUCAGACCUUGCAGCAUGUAAUGAGAAUGACUCGCACAUGGGACUCAACAAUGUCUAUGCUACCUAAGGGAGGUGACACAAUAUGGGGUGGUCUUGAUUGGUCGCCAGAGAAAGGCCACACCUGUUGUGGGAAAAAGCAAAAGAGCAACGAGACUCGUGGUGAAGCUGGUGAAAAUUCAGUUUCCAAGACAAAGCCUGUUAACUACGGAAGGAUUAUUUCGUUUGGGAAAGAAGUGGCAGAGGCUCCGGCAUCAGAGAUUAAAAAUAUUGAUUUUCGAGGUGCGGUCAAAGGUCAGAGUAUCCCAAAUCACACCUGUCGUGACGUGUGGACAGAGUACCAUGAUAUGGGAAUUGGAGGGAUCAAAGCUAUUGCUGAGUAUAAGGUCUACACUGCUGAUGCAGUUAUAGAUUUAUUACAUUAUGUUGCUCCUAAAAUGAUGGCGCGUGGUUCCGCUCAUUUCUCCUAUGGCAUUGCUGAUGAUUUGGAUGACCCCAAGUAUGAACAUCCCAAAUACUGGUCAAAUCCGUUGGAGACAAAAUUACCCAAUGCUCCUGAAAUGGAAAUCUACUCGUUGUACGGAGUUGGGAUACCAACUGAAAGAGCAUACGUCUACAAGCUUAACCAGUCUCCUGACAGCUGCAUCCCCUUUCACAUAUUGACUUCUGCUCAUGAGGAGGACGAAGACAGCUGUCUGAAAGCAGGAGUUUACAAUGUGGAUGGGGAUGAAACAGUACCGGUCUUAAGUGCCGGGUUCAUGUGUGCUAAAGCGUGGCGUGGCAAGACAAGAUUUAACCCUUCCGGAAUCAAGACUUACGUUAGAGAAUACAAUCACUCUCCACCGGCUAACCUGCUCGAAGGGCGCGGGACCCAGAGCGGAGCCCAUGUUGAUAUCAUGGGAAACUUUGCAUUGAUUGAGGAUAUCAUGAGGGUUGCCACUGGAGGUAAUGGGUCUGAUAUAGGACAUGACCAGGUCCACUCUGGUAUAUUUGAAUGGUCCGACCGUAUCGACCUGAAGCUGUGA